CAAGACGACAAGGCAGGCAAGCUAAAGGCUGCGCGGGCCUCUGUCGAAUUCCACCUCCACCAUUAUCGAACCGGUCCACCGCCAACACCCAUCCCCCAACUCACCCUCGCAAUCCCGCGGCGACACGGCAGUACCUUCAAUCGGUCCGCGCUGCCCUCCCCGCCAAACAGCGACUGCCAGAGUUCGCCUCCCUCCCACCCUGCACACCCGUCCCUGUCGCCGCUACCGCUUCUUCGCCGCGCAGCCCGCAACCGACUUUUGCUCCCAGCCCAGCCACCAUCACCAUGGCGCCGGACCCCGACAGCCCCCGGGCCGCCGAUAAGGGCAAGGGAAAGGCGGUGGAGAAGCUCGAGGACGUCAAGACCGACAAGGACGGGAAGCCGUUGCUGAACGGCAAGAAGGAGGAUGAGAAGAUCGUCGACUCCGCCGAGGAGCUGAGCGAGGAGGACCAGCAGCUGAAAAAUGAGCUCGAUAUGCUGGUGGAGAGGCUCACGGAGUCCGAUGCCUCCCUAUACAAGCCGGCGCUCGAGGCCAUGAAGAACUUCAUCAAAACGUCCACGUCGUCUAUGACCGCCGUGCCCAAGCCGCUGAAGUUCCUCAGGCCCCACUACGAGACCAUGACGAAGCUGCACGAGACGUGGCCUACAGGCGACGACAAGACAUCGCUGGCCGACGUCCUCUCGGUUAUCGGCAUGACCUUCUCGGACGAGGACCGCCAGGACACGCUCAAGUACCGCCUGCUUGCCCCGACGCAGGACAUCGGCUCGUGGGGCCACGAGUACGUGCGUCAUCUUGCUCUCGAGAUCGGCGAGGUGUUUGGCAAGCGCAUCACAGCCGAGGAGUCGACGACGGACCUUGUCGACCUCGCGCUGCUGCUGGUGCCCCUGUUCCUCAAGAGCAAUGCCGAGGCGGACGCGGUCGACCUGAUGAGCGAGCUCGAGAUUAUCGAGCAGCUCCCCAAGUUUGUUGACGAGGACACGUACGCCAGGGUGUGCCUGUACAUGGUCUCCAUGGUAAACCUCCUGACCUACCCGGAGAACGAGCAGUUCCUCAAGGUGGCGCACGACAUCUACAAGCAGUACAAGCAGCACACGCAGGCCAUGGUCCUGGCCAUCCGGCUCAACGACAUGGACAUGAUCCACGAGGAUUUUGACAAGAUCCAGGACAAGGCCGUCAAGAGGCAGCUCGCCUUCCUCAUUGCGCGCCAGAAGAUAUGGCUGCCGUACCCAGAGACGGAGGAGAACCAGGAGCUCACGGAAAGCUUGUGCAACAUUCGCCUUUCGGAGCACUUCCGGGCCUUGGGCAAAGAGCUGAACAUACUGGAGCCCAAGACAACCGAGGACAUCUACAAGAGCCACCUGGAGAGCAGCCGCGUGGCCGGCAUGACCAACCUGGACUCGGCGCGCCACAACCUGGCCGCCGCCUUUGUCAACGCCUUUGUCAACGCCGGCUUUGGUAACGACAAGAUGAUGCUGGUUGAUGACAAGGAGAGCUGGGUGUGGAAGACCAAGGACUCGGGUAUGAUGUCGACCGUCGCCUCGAUGGGCAACCUGCUGCUGUGGGAUAUCGAGAACGGUCUUGAUAAGAUCGACAAGUACACGUAUGCUGAGGAGGAGCAGAUCCAGGCCGGCGCAAUGCUUGCUAUUGGCAUCAUGAAUUCGGGCGUCCGCCUUGACUCUGAGCCGGCAAUGGCAUUGCUGAGCGAUUCCGAGAAGCUGGAGCACAAAAACCCGCUCAUCAGGACGGCAUCCAUCAUGGGGUUGGGCCUCUCGUACGCCGGCUCUAAUAAGGAGGAGCUGCUGGACAAGCUGUUGCCCAUCAUCACCGACUCGUCACAGGAGAUGCAAAUCUCGGCAAUGGCCGCCCUGGCUUGUGGUCUGAUCUUUGUCGGGUCAUCGCAUGCCGAGGUCAGCGAGGCCAUCGUCACAACGCUGCUGGACGACGACCGCAAGACGCAGCUGACGGACAAGUGGACCCGCUUCCUCGCCCUAGGCCUAGGCCUGCUCUUCUUCGGCCGCCAAGAGGAGGUUGACGUGAUCCUGGAGACGCUCAAGGCGGUCGACCACCCGGCCGCCAAGCCCACAGCUGUGCUGGCCGAAAUCUGCGCCUGGGCCGGCACCGGCGCCGUGCUCAAGAUUCAAGAGCUCCUGCACCUCUGCAACGACCACCUGGAGGAGACGGAGGAGAAGAAGGGCGACGAGCUGCUGCAGGCCUACGCCGUGAUUGGCAUCGGCCUGAUAGCCAUGGGCGAGGACGUCGGGCAAGAGAUGGUGCUCCGGCAGUUCGGCCACCUGAUGCAUUACGGCGAGGCCAACAUCCGGCGGGCGGUGCCGCUGGCCAUGGGACUCGUCAGCCCCAGUAACCCGCAGAUGAAGGUCUACGACACGCUGUCGAGGUACUCGCACGACAAUGACAACGAAGUGGCCAUAAACGCCAUAUUCGCCAUGGGUCUCCUGGGCGCGGGCACCAACAACGCGCGGCUGGCGCAGCUCCUCAGGCAGCUCGCCAGCUACUACCACCGCGACCAGGACUCCCUGUUCAUGGUCAGGAUCGCGCAGGGCCUGCUACACAUGGGCAAGGGCACGCUGUCCAUCAGCCCCUUCCACACGGACCGCCAGGUCCUCUCGAGAGUUGCGGCCGCCGGUCUGCUCGCCGUGCUGGUGGCCAUGAUCGACGCCAAGAGCUUCAUCACCUCGGACUCACACUACCUCCUCUACUUCCUCGUCACGGCCAUGCACCCGCGCUUCCUCGUCACGCUCGACGAGAACCUGCAGCCACUGACUGUCAACGUCCGCGUCGGGCAGGCCGUCGAUGUGGUUGGCCAGGCGGGCCGCCCCAAGACCAUCACGGGGUGGCAGACGCAGAGCACGCCCGUGCUCCUGGCCUACGGCGAGCGGGCCGAGCUCGAGGACGAGGAGUACAUCAGCCUCAACCACUCGCUAGAGGGACUCGUAAUCCUGAAGAAGAACCCCGACUGGGACAGCGCCAAAUAAAGUUAGGCAGCUCGAUGUUUGGACUCGAGGGAGGAUGGCUGGAAAAGGGGAGAAGGUGGAAAAGGGGGAGGUCAAGUUCGGAGGCAAGACAUGAGGCUCCAAACACACCUACCGAAAUAACUGUACAUUAAUGUCCUUUGCCCUUGCCGGCAUGGCUCCUAGACUUUCUAUGCUGCAGGUUUAUUGGCUUGCGCCGAGGAAUAGAGCAAUAGGAACUUUCUUGAUGAUUUGCAGCAUUCAGCUUUUUUUUUUCUUUCAUUCUGUUUUUACAAAGCAGGCCAAAUGAUCCAGUUUCUAGUAGUCGUGUUCUGUCAUGUGACAUGAUGAG